CUUUCUACUUUAACCCCGAUGCCCCCACUGUCUUCAUUUCUAGACCGAUUUCAAACAUAGAUAUGUUCGUCACACUGUAGACCGAUAAGAUGUCCGUCGCUCCCGUGAUGACGCCGGACGUUAAGCCCGUCCUGAAACGCUCACUGAGCGAUCUUGAGGCAACCUCGACGUCUCCCUUGGCUAGCCAGCGGGCUGCUAAACGACCAAAGAAGGUGGACUUCAAAUCUGAGAACACGGUGUUCACGCUAAAAAAUUGGGAUGACAAUAAGACAUUGUCACUCGUGAGGGAGGAGGUCAGGCGGGCGCUAGACAAACACUCAAUGGGCGAGGACGCGCUGUACGACGGCCUACGCGAGAUCUUGACCACCAAGCCAGAUGCAGCGGAGGCACCUUCUUCAUCAUUGCUCAAGCGGUAUAUGAUUGCCAUUACCGGGUUUUGCGGGGUAAUUGGCAGAAGAGGCUCUGCUUUAGUCCAGGCAAUCACGCAGAUGAAGUGGCUGGGCAGAGACGAAGAAUUUGUGAAGCUGUACCAGCGGCUUCUGGCCAACUUGAUUACAACGUACGGUGGUUACGCGCAUGAGAUUCUCGAAUCCCUCGUGGACAAGUUCAUGACACUUCAGCCACGCCACGGAAAGCUUCCGAAAGAGGAGAGGGUUACAUACUCGGACAUGCUUCAGCGGAUACACGACACGAUACAGCACAUACUUCAAAAAGUGCCUUCCGUAAUCAACGAAUUGCAGGCUGUGCUCAACCAGAGCUUUCCGCACUCCGCUGACACACUAGAGGAACAUAUGAACUAUGUCAAGAACAUCCUCCGCGUAGCAUCAUACGCCCCGUUCAUCAAAGCAGAUAUCGUUGCGUUGAUCUUCGACAAGCUCACUGUAUUGGAUACCCAAAUGCAAGACAACAUUGAAGAUUUUGAGGACGAGCUGGAAGAGCAUCUAGGGCAGAAUCUGGCAGAGGAGAUCGCAAAGCUGAUGAACAAAGACAAGGAUUUAGAAGAUGACGAUGAAGAUGACCUAGACAGCGAUGACGAGGAGUCAGUAGUGGAUGAAUUCGAUGAUCCAAAUCAAAAACGGCUUCACGAGAUCAAACAACAGAUUGCAAAGCUGGAUCUGAUCAUGGAACUCAUGUUCAACCACUUUCAGCCAUCAUUCGACUUUUCAAAGGCGGAUAUCCAAGAACAGAAGGCCGUUUUGGACCAGAUGUUUGGCAUGUUUUCCCGUAUGAUUCUUCCCACGAAUAAAUCACGCUUUGCUCAAUUUUUGCUCUUCCAUUACGCACAAACCACGGAGGAACUGAGCGAGCGGUUUGUUCAAUCCCUCAUAGGCGUUCUUACCGACCGGGAUGCCAACAAGAUGAUCCGUCGCUCGGCAGCGGCGUAUCUGGCCAGCUUCAUUGCUCGUGGAGCCCGCCUCUCCCGCGACACUAUCGAGCAUACAUUUUACACCCUCAGCAAAGAAAUGAAUCGACUGCGUGAGCUUCACGAAAAAAAUGAUAACUGCCGUCCUGAUGUCGAUCGAUUUGGACCAUACUACACUAUCUUCCAAUGCGUCAUGUACGUCUUCUGCUUCCGUUGGCGCGAUCUCACCGCCAAUGAAUUCGACGAAGAUGAAUUCGACGUCAACAACCUUACUUGGUCACGUGGUGUCGUCGACACCUUUCGUGAAAAUAUCAAGUCGAGACUCAACCCCCUCAAAGUUUGCGCACAGCCCAUCGUCAACCAAUUCGCUAUAGUCGUUCGUCAGCUCCAGAUGAUGUUCCUCGAAUCAAAGCUUGAGCAGAACAAGCGCAUCCGGCUCACACGAGCCAAUUAUUCCGGCGGCGCAUUUAGCAUCAUUGCCGAGAACCAGCGCUCUUCAACGGCAAAGAUGGGAGAUGCACAGUAUCAGCUUGACGCUUAUUUCCCGUUUGACCCAUACAACCUGCCGUUAAGCAAGCGGUGGAUCGAGGGUGAGUACAAUAUCUGGAAACCCGUGCCCGGAACGGAGUUCGAUGAAGCGGAAGAAAGUGACUCGGAGGUCGAGGACGAUGGCGUGGAGGAUGUUGCAAGGGCUUACGAUGAACGGACAGAGACGGAGUCAAACACAAGUCGUUGAGUGUUCAGGAAAAUGCGGUCUAUUUUGCUUUCGAGUAGCUCUCGAAGGAGUAUACGUCGCGGCGUUUUUAGCAUCUAUGAUACCCCCCUAGGAAGCGCUACAUGCCCUGCGGUUUUUUUUAAGCAUGACGCAUCGCGUGGAGGGCAGUAUGGGUUCUGAUAGAGCUAAGAGAACGGGAAGUUUUUCUGGACUGGGAAAACAGGCACGUGUUCGGCGUUAUUUUUUUUCAUGACAUAUGCGGCACCAUUUAGGAUGGGGAAUUGCAACAGCUCAUUGAUCAAAAGAAUCGUCAAUUCUAGAUGUCUAUCGCGAAUGAAGAAAACGAACUGAGAUGUCAGACAAUUUUCUCCUCCCUGUUGUUGAGCAUAGCCUGGAUCGUGCCA